AUGGCAGACGCCCAAUUCGAUAGUGCGCUGGACCUCCUCCGGCGUCUGAACCCCCGCGAUACAAAGCAGAACCUUCAAGCCAUCACCUCCAUUGUCCCCGACCUCACCGAAGACCUCCUGUCCUCCGUCGACCAGCCGCUCGAGAUCCGCCGAUGCUCCAAGACAAAGCGCGACUACCUACUCUGCGACUACAACCGUGACGGCGACAGUUACAGGUCCCCCUGGAGCAAUGAGUUCGAUCCCCCUCUUGAUGACGGCACAGUACCAAGCGAGCGAGUGAGGAGACUGGAGGUUGCCGCGAACGAGGCGUUCGACGUCUACCGGGAGCUGUAUUACGAGGGCGGUGUUGGGAGUGUGUACUUCUGGGAUCUGGACGAUGGGUUUGCGGGUGUCAUUCUUCUGAAAAAGGGCGUGUCUCCCGGCGGAAAGCACUCUGGCGAAUGGGACAGCAUCCACGUCUUCGAAGCGACUGACCGGGGGCGAGCGGCCCACUAUAAGCUCACCAGCACGGUGAUCCUUCAUCUCUCCAACGAAAACGAAGCCCUCGGUGAGAUGGACCUGAGCGGGAACAUGACCCGGCAGAUCGAGGUGGAUAUGCCCGUCGAUUCGGAUGCAAGCCAUGUUGCCAAUGUCGGUAAAAUGGUCGAGGACAUGGAGUUGAAGAUGAGGAACUUGCUGCAGGAGGUCUACUUCGGUAAAGCUAAAGACGUUGUCGGCGAGCUGAGAAGCAUUGGAUCUCUUUCCGAAACCAAUCGAGACAGAGCUACCCAGCAGGAAAUGAUUCGGGGACUGCAGCGAUAA